UUAGUGAGAACUAGGAGGAUUUAUAUUUUGCAGUGUCAGCCUGAAUUAUAAGAGGGAAGUGAGAGAACCUAAGUCACAGGGACUGACUGAACAAGGCAGUGGCCACAGCUGAGGCUAUCAUCAUGGGGGAGUGGUCCUUCUUGUCUGAUUUGUUGGACAAGGUGCAGUCACACUCUACUAUAGUAGGGAAGGUCUGGAUGAGUGUUCUUUUUCUCUUUAGGAUCUUUAUCCUAGCUGCUGGUGUAGAUAAAAUAUGGGGAGAUGAACAAGCAAACAUGAACUGUAACACCUACAGCCCUGGCUGCAAGAACGCCUGCUAUGAUCAGUCCUUCCCCAUGUCUCACACACGCUUCUGGGUCCUCCAGAUCCUCAUUGUCUCCACUCCAACAAUAAUUUAUUUGGGCCACGUCCUGCUGGUGAUUCGCAAAGAAAACAAGCUAAGGAGACGCCUAGAGCAGAAAAUUGGUAAAAAUGGGAAGGUUAAAUCUCCAAAGUAUUCAGAUGAUCAUGGCAAGGUACAGCUCAAAGGCAUCCUGUUGGUCAGCUACCUGAUGCAACUGCUGUUCAAGAUCCUGCUUGAAGUGGCCUUCAUUGUAGGCCAGUACUACCUCUAUGGCUUUAUACUUAUGCCUAGUAAGAUUUCAUUUAACCACUACCCCUGUCCGUCACCGGUGGACUGCUUUAUAAGUCGCCCCACAGAGAAAACCAUCUUCAUUGUCUUUAUGUUGGCAAUGAGCAUCCUCUCUGUGAUCCUCAACAUCAUAGAGAUGUUCUACCUAAUAAUCUCAAAGAUAAAGGCAAAGUAAAGGGGAAGCAGUGGCUCAGAGAUUUACUGCCCCAACAAACCAAACCCCAAUUUAACUGAGGUAGUUACAUGUUGUUGAAGGACUGUGAACAGAGAUAUUUAGCUUUAAGUUGGAUCCUGAGCCAGUCUGCUAUGAUCCUUGCUUCUCGCUUUGCUCAAGGUUAUUAGACAAAUAUUGAGAUAAGUAGUACUACAUGUAUCUUAUGUAGCAACAGUAGUACAUCAUAUAUUUUACAUAAAUCAAGUAUGUGGCAAGUACCAGGAUGCAUUGUAUUCAACCAUAUCUAUCAAAUUGUACACAAGUGGUCGAUGUGAAAAUUACAUUAUCUGAGCCAAGAAUAUUAAAAGUGUGUAAUUAUUUACCAGUAAAAUGUUGUUUAUUUACAAUUGACACUCUCAAAACUGCUUGUUCAACCUUGAAUGAUCUUGUCACUUGUGCACAAGAUAAAAGCAAUUUAUCAUUGUUUUGGUCAAAUAGCAAUUGCUUUUGUACAUAAUGAAAUUGACCAUGUACAAUUGUCUGCUGUUUUUUACAUGAAUAUGAAAAUAUAAUAUAAUACUGGACAUCUGUUGAAUUGUCUUUCUCCCAAAACACAUAGGCAUAAGUUCAUUGGCUGUGUCUUUAACCCUGCUGUUGUUCUCAGGUCAAAUUUGACACAUUUUCAAAAAGUAUAUACAAAAAAAAGGUUUCCUUCAACCAAUAAAAAAA